AUGCCAUCCAAAUCCAAAACAAAGAACAAGUCAAUAUGGCGUUCCGACAAAGCCCAGCACUUCCAGCUCGUCCAUCGUUCUCAACGAGACCCCCUCAUCAACGACCCCGAUGCCGGUGCACACGUCCUUCUUUCCUAUGACCCAGCCAACCAAUCUCGCGCAAAGGGCAAAACCCGCGCAGACCUCGAAGCAGACUCCUCAAUCGUUCGCGACAAAUACGGCAAACCCAUCCGAUCCAAUAUCGGAGAAGCCGCCAACUACGGUAUCUACUUCGACGAUACCGAAUACGAUUACAUGCAACAUCUUCGACCUAUCAAAGAUGACGAAAAUACCAAAAGAGGUGGUGAAAAUGUGGAUGAGGAGAUCGAUACGAUUAUGGUUAGCGCUAGUACUGGGGAUAAUACGGGUAAAGGGAAAGGGAAGGAUAGUUUUGCACUAAAAGAAGAGGAGCGGGAGAAGGGGGAGGGAUUGAAAUUGCCAGCUUCGGUAUUGCCGAGUGAGAAAGAGAUGCCGUUUAGUUUUACAAGUCGCUUAGCGGUGGAGCCUAGUUUGCAGGGCUUCCAGCCGGAUAUGGAUCCGCACUUGAGACAGGCGUUGGAGGCGUUGGAUGAUGAGGCGUUUGUGGAUGAUGAGUUGGAGGACGAUUUCUUUGGAGAGGUGGUGAAGGAUGGUGAGUGGGAUGGGAUUGUGAGGCCGGAUGAUGAGUGGAGAGAGCAGGCUCCGGAGGGUGAUGAGGCGAUUUGGGCGGAUGAUAGUGUUCGCGCGCAACAAGAUCUGGAGGAGCUGGGAGAAGAAAACAUGUCCCUUGAAGCGAGAGUGGCAUUGUUCAAAAAGCAACAAGAGCAGGCACGAAAUGCUAAACCCUCCCCUGCAUCCAAUGAUGGCGACGAGCAGGACGAGGAGGAUCGAGACCAGCUAGCAUCCCUCCGCGGUGGCUCGAAGGCAGGCACCAUGUACACCGCUGGAGGAUCCGCCAUUGGUAAAAAAGGCAAGCCAGGCGCACUAGCACGUCGAGCAGCAUCCACCAAAACACCUAGCAUUGGCGGAGGAAGCACUGCUUGGUCCAUGUCCUCCUCUGCCAUGUUUCGUAACAAAGGACUCUCCGAUCUCGAUGAUCGUUUCUCCCACCUCGGACGCAAAUACGGCAUCCGGGAAGACUUUGAUCCUUCCAUGGAAAAUCUCGAAGAUCUCGACGAAGAAGAAUUUGUCGAUUCGGACGGGAAGGAAGCAGACGAAGUCGUCACUCGUGAAGAUUUCGAGGGAAUUAUGGAUGAUUUCCUCGCCAAAUACGAGACGAAACACGGAAAGUUUCGUGAAGCGCUCGGUGGUACAAAUUCCACUUCGGUCGAGAAGUUGACGAUUCUGCGUCAGGCACUGGGUAAGGCUAGGAUCAACGGUCGAGAAUGGGCCGGAAAAGACGCGGAUGAAGGCAAAGGCCAAGGUGAUUUGGGAGAGUACGAGGAUUAUGAAAGUCCAGAUGAAGAGAUUGUUGAUCCUGUACCAAGGAGUCAUAUGAGGGAGAAGUGGGAUGUGGAGACGAUUCAAAGUACAAAGACCAACCUCGAGAACCAUCCUCGAACCAUCUCGGCGAAGGAAAGUGUUUUCGGCGGAAGCAACGCGAGUGGUUUCCGACCAAGGAGCGUGCUGGGUAACGGUACAGGUGGUGAUGGAGGAGCAGUAAAGUUGGGCAACGGUCUAGCGCCGAGUAUGACCAGUUACACUUCCCAGCGACCUUCAGCUUCUGCAUUUUUGAACGACGAGGAGAGGUUGCCGAAGAUCAGGAUUAAUCCGAGAACUGGGUUCCCUGAGAUCAUUGGCUAUUCUAAGCCAAGGGGGAAGAAGCAGAAUAGUGUAUCGACGCUCAAGGAGGAGGAGGACGAUGACGAAGAUGAUGGACGUGGACCACCCUCGGGAGGCAAAAGCGAUUCAGGGUCAGACACAGAGGACGGUGAGAGUGAUGAGUACGAUUCGGACGCCACAGAGGGUGGGGAGCUUGCGAGAAGGAUGUCUACCAUUGCUGUCACUGCAAAGAGGGAUAAGAAUGAGAGCAAAGAGGAUCGCAAGGCGAGAAAAGAAGCUUUGAAGGCGAACAAGAAGGAAAGAAAGGAGAGAAAGAUGAAGACCAAACAGGCUUUCGCUAGUGAGAAGAAGAAACAGACGAAAGCGGAGAGGGGGAGGAAGGAGACUGAGGGUGGACCUAGCGGAAUGCGUCUGCUUUGA